AUGGAAACCAAGCCAUCAGACACCCCACGUAUCCGCAAGAAGAGGAUUCCGGCUAAAUGUGAUGGCAAAAGGCCUUGCUCACGAUGCUCCGAGCUGAAAAAGAUCUGCGCCUUUAUCGAUCCUCCGAAAGAGGCGCAUCAGCUUCGAAUAGAGGAACUUGAACAACAGGUUGCAGCACUAAAAGAUCAACUUCUAAGAACCUCUCCUGGCUCUCACAUUGAGACAAGCCACACAAAUCUCAGUCAGCCGGGCGUUGGUUCACAGGUUUCAUCAAACUUGGAGCAGGCAACCUUUGUUCCAGCAGCUCAAUUCCACUCUGGUGAACUGGCCCUCAUACGCCCAUCGCACACAGAGUCACCGACAGAUACUGUGUUGUCCAGCAAACAAAUCAAAUCCCACUUUGAGAUUGAGUCUAUCACAGUACCUGACUGUGUGGAUGCCGGGCUUCUGACCAUUGAACAAGCUGAGCAAUACUUUUCCAUCUUCUUUCAAGGAUGUGACCACUAUGUACCAGUCUUCGAUCCUCGAUAUGACUCGUUUCAGAGUAUUCGUGCGAGAAGCAGUCUACUUUUCAGCGCCAUUUGUACAAUUGGCUGCCGCGUUGUGAUUGGAACCGAUACCCAGCAAUGGCACAUGCUGGAUUUCCAUGUCAAGAGAAUGCUAAACUGCGCUUUGGCAAGACCGGCUAUGGCUUCGCUGGAGACGAUUCAGGCAUUGCUGGUCCGAUCGUGCUAUGCAUCUGAGAGAUCGCUCCUUGUCGCGGCAGCAACACGGAUGGCUCUUGAUCUCAAUUUUCCCGAUUCCUAUGACGAGAUGAUCAAUCGUUCUGCGGUGCCGGCAACACGAAGGCCUUUGACAGGCACCGACGUACAUACAGUCGUUUUAAUGCGGAGAGUGAGGACAUGGCUUCAUCUAUUCGUCCUGGGUCACAUCUUACACGUUGAUGCUUCCGAUCUACCAACCUUUAAAUUUGUUGGCGACUCCCGAAGAUGCCGAAUCAUUCUAAAAAGCCCAGCCGCAACCGAACUUGAUCUAUUCUUGUUCUCCCAAGUUGAGCUUAAUGUAAUCCGUGGCAGGAUAUACGACUCGCUGUCUGGUCAUAUAGGCCUUAGUGAUGAGGACAUGAUGGAGGCAGUCCGCGAGGCUAGAAUUGACAUUUCUAUAUGGUUCGAUGACUGGGCGCACAUUUUCGAGAAGCACAGCGUUCAAGCACCCUGGCUCAGUUUCAACCUGCGUGUUCAAAAGUGUUGGGCCGAAAAUAUGGCUCUAUGUCGUGUCGUUCGAGCUACCGGGGUGGAAAACGUUGACUUCAUGUCGCCUGCUCAAAAAUCGGUUGUUGCCAUGGCCAAGGACGCUUUGGAGGAGCAUCUGGAUAUCAUGAUUGAAGAACCGAGAUUGUAUAUCCGCAAUCUGCGAUUCGCAAUGGACUUUGUCUGGGCAAAGUGUGCGUUUUGCUACUUACUGCUUCUCAAGCUUUCUAUUCUGUUGCCUGAGAGCAAAGGACGUUCCAGCAGAGAGCUUGUAGCACACGGCAAUAUCCUCUUGACUGAACUAAGCGAAGCCAGCGGUGGUAGCCACAACGGAAGCCGGAGCAAUACUGGAAAGCAAUAUCUACAGCUUCUCCAAGCCGGCAUUGAGAAGUUCAGCAGUGUCACUUAUGAAGCUCAUGAUACGAGCCUGAGCGCUGCAAAUGUCGAAAGCCUUUCAUCUCGACGAGCACCUGGCUAUGGCACGCAAAAUCGGAUAGAGUUGGACUCAUUUAUCCCCGAGCAGUUUAUAUUUGAGUGGGAUUUCCCCGGCCUUACGCUUUAUUCUUCAUCGGCGACUGGCGUUGCCUGGCUUGAUGAUAUCCUUGUCGAGGCGCUUAAUGGGGGCGAAGACAUAUUUGGGUGGCUGCCGAAUGACGCAGAGAGCUGA